AUGCCUCGUCCACGCGUCAGGGACGAAGACCGGAAACGAGUCGCGCGGGCGUGUGACACCUGCAAACGGAGGAAGGAAAAGUGCGAUGGACAACAACCUUGCUUGCUCUGCAAGAGACGUUGUCGCGAGGCGGAAUGCAUCUUCACCGAGGCCUACUCUAAGCGAGGCUCACAGCGCCAGGACAGUACUUCGUCAUCUCAUCCCAUCACCCUCAAGGACGCCUUGAACGAGACCAACGAUGCCGAGAUUGCCAUUGAAUCGCUUCUGACGCUCUCCGGGUCGAGAAGCGCCCCAAAGUCUCCCCAGUACGAAAAGGAUCCGGACUCCCUCGUGUCGAGAGCGCCGGUGCCCAAGCUGGCCAGACUGCUCCGGGAUGGUCGCGGCAAGUUCAUCUUCGUGGGCGACUCGAGCAACCUGGCGUUUGUGCAGAAUAUCCGCCGCCUGGUCAAGGCUGAGAUCGGGGAAUGUCAAUUGACCUCGGACCCUCUCCGACAUGCCAUGUGCGAGGUAAUCCCACCUCCCAAACCGCCGACACCUGCACAGUCGCAACAUCCCAAGCCCAGCUUGACCGAGGCUCAGGAUCUGAUCAAACAUUACCUGCUGGCGUCGAGUGGUGUGAUUGACCUGUUCGACCCGGACGACAUCACCCAGCAUCUGUGUGCAUGGACGUGCGAUCCUACCGCUGAAACGGAUUUCAACAGUUCCAUAUAUUACCUGGUCAUGGCGAUUGGGGCCUUGACUCGUAGCGCGAGCGACCUGGAUCAGGCAGAGUUUUACUUCUCGCGCGGUCGAGAGAUUGGGGUCUCGAGUUUCUUGGAGGACCCCAGCGUCUUGACCGUGCAAGCCUACGCCCUGAUCACCUUCUACAUGUUGUCCGCCGUGAGAAGAAAUGGCGCAUUCAUGCUGCUAGGUAUCGCCGUUCGAGCCGCAUACGCUCUUGGUCUACACAGAAGCGACAUAUCAAACUUGUUCGAACCGAGAGAAAGGCUUGCUCGGGAACGAGUGUGGAAGAGUUUGCGUGUCCUGGACCUGUAUAUGAGCGGCUCACUCGGCCGACCGCCCGCUACAUCGGAAGUAGAUGGCGGAAGCGUAUCUUGGAACCGAUCCACCAGAGACUAUGAAGAUAUUCAGAUGAACGGGCGCAACACCUCGGCGACACUGAGGAUAUGUUUCAUUUUCGAGCGGAUAUUGAACGAGGUCUAUUGUCGUCGAGAAGUCUCGGUCCAGCUCGUGGAAAGCAUCUCGCGACAAUAUCGAGACUGGACCAUGCAACUGCCGGCAGGCCUGCAAGCCGACAGUCUGGACCAGAAGGGCGGCUCUACUGCUCCGGUACUGACGCAGACGAUAGGCAUCGCCCACUUGAAAGGAUCUUAUUAUUGGUCAAUUAUUCUUUUGACCAGACCGUUUCUGAUAUUCAAGGUAUCGUCCAAGAUCAAAGGUCGUUCCGAGGAUGAGGACAGCGCUGGAAACUCCGUAACAAUGACUCUGAGCGAAGCUUGUAUUGACGCUGCGCUGAGGAGCAUUGAAAUCGCAAACGAUAUUGUCCACACCCCGGAUGUCCCCAAGCGACUGUUCAUGAUCACCAACAGCACCUUCAUCUCCGCCAUGGUGAUUGGAUUUGCCAUUUUUGGUGACUUCGACAAGUCGUUUCCCUUACUCAGCAGCAUUGCCCAAGCGGAAGCCAUCUUAGCAAUCAUGGCAAAGGAUGAUAUGUCGGCUCGACGACACUAUGAGAUCACCAGCUAUCUGCGCCUUGCUGCGAUUGAGCAUAUUCGACGACGAGACCAAAUGCAAAUGCAGAAGCGAAGGCAGGACAUCCACAACAUUUUUGGCGAUCCUAUCAACAAGACAAACGGCGGAGGCUCCAGCAAAACGACCACCGGCGACCACACUCCCAGCCAGGUUUCGGUCUCAGAAGCCCCUCAAAACAACAAUAGCACAACGACCAUGUUCGAUACCACGGAGGAGUCUAGUGACCCGGCGCCGCCGUGGCAGCUGCGAUUCGACAUGCCGUCUGAGAGCCGCGGUCCUGUGUUGACCACCUCUGGAGUAUUGGCGUACAACGACGAGGAUUCUGCCGAUCCUAUCCCGCCUUUCCCGCGCCCCGAUUUCGGUCAGAUGCCAGAGGCAGACUACUUCUCAUCGGAUGGAUCCGGCAUACCGAGUCUUCCCUCGUAUACCGAAGAGUUUCCUCUCUUCUCGUUAAUGACAGAGUUCGAUCAGCUGCAGGAUCCUUUCUCGAUCGUCAGGACAUGA